AUGAGGCGGCUGGCUCGCGGCUGUGGUGAAGGCGAACGACGAAGGUGUGCCGAGUUUGGUCGUCGAGCAAGGCAGAAGGGUAAGAAGGGAAAACAAACUGAAGGUCAAACCCAUUCCAAUGAAGCACCAUUUGGUAAUCCACAACCUCAAUUUAGGGAGAAACUAAAGGUCACCAAAGGAAAAAGAAGUGGGAAUCAAACUCAUACAAAUGCAAAUCCUACAGUCCUACCUCCCAAUCCAGAUGAUGUGAUGUUUAGUCAAAUUUCUGAUGAAGAUUUGGUUGCAGCCAUUGAAAGCCAGACUGAUAGCACAAUGUAUCAGCACAUGCAGCCCCAUAAGCCAGGCCCAACUCCAUUUCAACAGUUGAAGAUGUCCUCAGUUUCAGCCCCAAACCCCCUUCAAACAAGGAUCAACAUAGAGCACCCCCACCAAUAAUAGGUGGAUAUACACUGCCAGUAUUCAGUUCACAACCAACCAACUCAAAGUCCAUUGUUAUUGAUGGUGGCCAAAAGUUCAUGGACCUUUCUCAAAAUUCAGUUUGUGUGCAGAAAAGAAAGAAAAAGAAGCAGUGACAACAUGGUCUGAUGUGUUUGUUGUGUUUGAUGUUUUAGAAGUGCUUUUGGUCUGAUUAGGUUGUGUUGUAAGUGCUUUUGGGUUGUAAGUGUUGGAAGUGUUUGCUGUACUGUGGA